AUGAGUCAAGCACAGAAUUGCUGUUCCAUUUUCCUGCUGCUGAUCUUCGGCCUCGCGUUGCUGAUGCGCCAGGACGAAGGGCCGACCGUCGUGCGUAUCGCGCCGGCGCACGCGGCGCAUUCCGCUCAUGCCCGUGGCGGUGGUGGCGGAGAGGCGGCCGCAGCCGUGGAGGUCGCUGCUGCCGAGGUGGGCCAGCAUGAUGCUGCCGAGGUGGGCCAGUAUGAUGCGCGGCUGGUCGCCUUUGCGGCCCGUACGCGCCUGCUCCUCUCGCCGCCAGCCACGCGCCGCGCCUCCCGCCGGCGUGAGCGCAGUCGUGCCUCGCUGCUGGCGCUGUCGUUUGCCCGCUGCGCCUCCAACUGCUCUGGCCGAGGCUCCUGCGUCCGAGUGGCGGACUCGACGGGCGGCGCCGCGUACUGCCUCUGUGCUCCGGGCUGGGCUGGCGACGCGUGUGAUGUUCGCGACCCGUCGCCUUGCAACGCUCCCGACGGAGGCCGCGUGCUCUCUCGCUGCGCCGGCGACUGCGACGAGGACGUCAACCGCUGCGUCUGCGGCGAGGGGUCGGCCUUCCCGCGGAGGCCGAUGCGAGGCUGCCAGUACGAGGGCGUCGAGAAGGAGCGGGCGUGGCUGACGCCCGCUUGGGGCUCCUUCGUGCGCGGGCCAAAGGCGGCCUUUUGGAGCGGCGGAGGGGGAGGGCAGCCCGGCUGGUGCGACGCCGAGCCGGGCAGAGGGCCUCGGCCUCCGCGCCACUGCGCCUGCUACGACGGCGCGAACGGCGGCAGCCUCUGCACGCCGACACGCCCCUUCUGCGUGAACCAGUGCGGAGGCGAGUGGCCGGGGCGAGCGCUGCGACGGGCACCGGCGCCGGCCGAGGGGAGUGCCGCGACGGGUACUGCGUCUGUGCGAGAGAUCUGGCGGGUGCCGCCUCGGUACAACUCGCUCCUCCUCGCCCGCCGGCUGGUGCACGAUGCAUGUGCCUUGCGCACGUACGAAGGAAAGGGUGCGCAGCAGGACGCGCCGGCGUGGACCUCAAACCUGUACGGAGCAGAGGUGGCGCUUCACGAGGCGCUCCUCGCCUCGCCGCACCGCACGCACGCGCCCGAAGAGGCAGACUACUUCUUCGUGCCCGUCUACGUCGGCUGCUUCGUCUCAGAGUUCAACCGGCCCUACCCGACUCAUUGGCUGUGCGACGGCUGCCACCAGCUCAGCGGGGGGGCGAGGCCGUCCGAGGAGGAGCAGCGCGACCUGCUGCUCUGGGUGCGGGGAGCGAUGCCGUACUGGAACCGGAGCAGCGGCGCGGACCACUUGUGGCCUGCGAUGCACGACGAGGGCGCGUGCUACUCGCCUGCGGAGCUGCGGCGCGCCACGCUCCUCGCCCAUUGGACAUCGUGCUUCCGUCGUGGCGAAGGCCCGAGGCGAUGGUUUGAAAACUACUCGUUUGGAGUGCGGCAACAGCUGCGGCGGGAGUACGGCCACUUGGCAGCUCGCGCGCAGAGGUUUGCCGACGGCGGCGCGAGCGGCGGCGGCGGCGUGCCGUAUGGCGAGCGGGUCAUCGUGACGGACGUCAAGACGCCGCGCUAUUCGGAGAGACGCUCCCGCCGCGCGCUGUAUGCAUCAUUCCCCAUGAUCAAUUGGGUGAUGCCUGGCUGGGGCUGGUCGGGCCGGUUCGAGGACGCGGUGCUGCACGGCUGCAUCCCCGUCCUUCUGCAGGACGGCAUCCACACGCCCUUCGAGACGGUCCUUGACUGGCGGUCCUACGCCGUGCGCGUGCCCCGCGACCAGAUCGGAGGCAUGCGGCGGAGGCUGCUCGAGCUCUCGCCGCCGGCCGUGCAGGCGAUGCAGCUGCGACUGAGCCAGGCCCGCGAGUAUGGCGACGAGAGCCCGGCGCUAUCGGACAAGGCGCUGGCGGCGCUGCCGGGCAGCGUGAUGCGGCGCGAUUUUGAGGGCCGCUCAGUGAAUGGGUGGGCCAUCUAA